AUGGCCUGGCAUCUCAACGCCAUCGUGCUGUGGCUGGAGCCGCCUGGUGGCCUGCACCGGACCGUGAGCUUCCUGAUUCAGGUGUGGGUCAUCACUGCCACCAUGCUUUUGGUGGCCACCCUCUUCAAUGCCUCGGAGCCAAAUAGCAUUGGCAUCGCCGGCAUGGCCGCCUGCAUCAUCUUCGCCGCCUCCUACUUCUCCGGGGGAUCCAUUCUGAACUUCAUUUGGAUGAUGGCGGUCUCCAGCACAGUGAGCCUGGGGCUGGUCUGGUGCUCCGUGCACUUCGCCGGGCAGAUCAAGGCCCUGGUGGACUAG